UCGUGAGACGGAUGGCUGGGUUGUGUGGAUCUCUAGCAUAACGUAUUUUUUGUGGUUUUAAUGGAUAGGCCCUAUGUGACUUUAAUUCUGGUAUAAUUUGUUUUAUACAAGCAGCAAUGGGUCGUCGAAGACAAAGAGAACGCGUUUGGAUUCAGUGCGUCGUGUUGCUUUGUUUAUUUGACUGGUCUGCAGCGCAGAUCUCUUACUCCGUUUCAGAGGAGGUGGACAAAGGCACUUUUGUGGGGAAUCUCGCUAAGGAUUUAAACCUUAAUGUUCAGGAACUGGAGUCGAGGGGUCUAAGGAUUGUAUCAGGACAUAGUAAGAGGUAUUUUGAGGCUAAUUUGAAAACGGGGAAUCUAUAUGUUAACGAGAGGAUAGACAGAGAGGAGAUUUGUCCGAAUACGGUAAAGUGCUCUUUAAACAUAGAGGCCAUAUUGAGCCACCCUAUGCUUCUCCACCGAAUACAGGUGAAUAUUUUAGACAUCAAUGACAAUGCGCCGGCCUUUGAUGAAACAUUGCACACAUUUAAUAUAUCUGAGUCGUCAUCAAAGGGCGAAAGAUAUUUGCUUCCGCUGGCAGUUGACGCAGAUACAGGCAGUAACUCGGUAAACAGCUACAAGCUGAGCCCGAAUGAACACUUCUCCCUGGAUGUACAGAGCGGUGGAGAGCAGAGUGUGUCUGCUGAGUUAGUGCUGCAGAAAGCUUUAGACCGAGAGAAACAGCCCGUUAUCCAGCUCACACUGACCGCUGUAGAUGGAGGAAAACCUCCUAGAUCCGGGACUUUACAGAUCAUUGUCAAUGUGAUUGAUGCAAAUGAUAAUUCUCCCACUUUUAGCAAACCGCUGUAUAAGGUCCGAGUAAAUGAAAAUGCUCCGUUUGGAACUGUAGUAAUAAAACUUAUUGCCACAGAUUUAGAUGAAGGGUUUAACGGUAAGAUUGAAUAUUCCUUUAUCAAACGCGCAAACUUGAACCCGUCUGUUUUAUUUGAUAUAAAUUCAGAAACAGGUGAAAUUAUAGUCAGGGGGAAUUUGGAUUAUGAGGGAAGUCCUGCAUAUGAAAUUCGAGUGCAGGCGACAGACCAAGGCUCCUCCCCCCGUAGUGCACACAGUAAAGUGUUAGUUGAAGUUAUUGAUGUCAAUGACAAUGUCCCUGAAAUAUUGGUGACGUCACUCAUGAGCCCAGUCAAAGAGGAUGCUGAGAUUGGGACCGUGGUCGCCUUGGUGACAGUAACUGAUAAAGAUGGGGGUAAAAACGGUCUCACCAACUGUACGCUUGUUGGGUCUGUUCCUUUUAAGUUGAGAUCGAACUACAAAAACUAUUAUUCGUUAGUGGUCGACGGGCCUCUGGACAGAGAGAGCUCUUCUCAGUACAAUGUCACCAUCACAGCUACGGAUGAAGGGACCCCGCCUCUUUCCAGCACCAGCGUUAUUACAGUACACGUUUCUGAUGUAAAUGACAACGCUCCUCACUUCUCAGAUCCAGUGAUUAAUGUUUAUGUGAAAGAGAACAGUCCGGUAGGAGACGUCAUUUACACGAUAUCUGCUUUUGACCCAGAUUCAGAUGAAAAUACAAAGAUGACGUAUUCAUUAUUAGAUAAAAGUGUUUCAAUAUCAUCAUCUGUAAAUAUAAACUCUGAUACUGGAGAUAUAAUCAGUCUGCAGUCUUUUAACUAUGAGGAGAUCAAAACUUUCCAGUUCAAAGUUCAGGCCACAGACUCUGGUGUUCCUCCACUCAGCAGCAACGUGACUGUGAACAUUUUUAUCCUGGAUGAGAAUGACAACAGUCCUGGGAUUCUCGCGCCCUAUUCUGAGCACGGCUCCGUUAACACUGAGAACGUUCCCUAUUCUGCUGAAGCGGGCUACUUUGUGGCCAAGAUCAGGGCUGUAGACGCCGACUCUGGCUACAAUGCGCUGCUUUCUUAUCACAUCUCUGAGCCCAAGGGAACCAACCUCUUCCGAAUCGGAACCAGCACCGGGGAACUUAGGACUAAGAGGAGAAUGAGUGACAAUGACCUGAAAACUCACCCAUUGGUCGUGUUGGUUUCUGAUAACGGAGAACCCUCACUGUCAGCGACUGUGUCUAUUGAUGUAGUGGUGGUUGAAAGUACAGGUGAAAUCCAGACUCAAUUCAGAAAUGUGCCGAGAAAGGAGGAGAACUUCUCUGAUUUGAACCUGUAUUUGUUGAUCGCCAUUGCUUCGGUGUCUGUGAUAUUUUUACUGAGCCUCAUCAGUUUAAUAGCUGUAAAAUGCCACAGGACAGAGGACAAUUUCAGAAGGUACAGCGCCCCAAUGAUCACCACACACCCUGACGGAAGCUGGUCUUACUCUAAAUCUACUCAGCAGUAUGACGUGUGUUUCAGCUCAGACACACUGAAGAGUGACGUAGUGGUUUUCCCCGCUCCGUAUCCACCUGCAGAUGCAGAACUGAUCAGUAUUAAUGGAAAUGACACGUUUAACAGGACUCAGACAUUACCCCACAAAGAGAAGGUAAGAUCUAUGGGCAAUUGGGCAGAGGCCUAUUUUGAUACAUGA